GCCCACCUGAUCUGAACGCUUGCGUGCCCAAUGCAGUUUGCUGUCUUCCCAGACCGCUCUCUCCCCCGACUCCCUUCUCUCCCAACGAGUCCAUCCCCUUCCACACUCGUCUCUCUCUCCAGUCUGCCCUCCAAAGCCGCACCUUCAUUACCAAACUCAUCACUGCUUAUCGAACCAUCAGACUUCUCGACAUUUCCGACCCGCGCAACCUGGAGCAGCAGAUGCGAGUCCACUGCGCUUUCUGUACUGUCCCGGAAGCCUAUGGUCCCCAGCUGCAGGUGCACACCAACUGGCACUUCUUCCCGUGGCACCGCAUGUUCCUUUACUACCACGAACGCAUCUUGGCCUGGGCGAGCGGCGAUGACUCCUUCGCGAUCCCGUUUUGGAAUUGGGACAACGAGGUCGGGAGACCGUUCCCACCACUGUACAUGAAUCCCAAGUUGCCCCUAUAUGACCCACGGCGCAGGGAUGAAGUAGGGCUGGCGGAAAUGGUACGGCAGGCUACCACCGUACAGAUACUGCGGGAAAGCAUGAUCGACUCAGUGACGCAAACCAGCUUCUUUGGAGGGCGCGUCGGAGAGGGACAGUCGGGCAGUGUGGAGUCCCGGAUGCACAAUGCAGUGCAUGUCGCUGUGGGCCGGGAAAGCGAUGGUCGAGAUAUGGGCCUUUUUGAGACGGCGGCAUUGGACCCGAUCUUCUACAACCAUCAUGCAAACGUUGAUCGAUUAUGGACCGUAUGGCUACGCCUGGAACCGACACCACUGGGACCUCGAAGAAAUCCUACAAGCCCCGACUUCUUGGACUCAACCUUCACCUUCUACGAUGAGAAUGCCCAGCCCAAAAACAUCAGAGUGAGGGAUGUCUUGGACUAUGAAAGGAACCUUCGGUACCGGUACGAAGAGAUCAGUCAUGAUUGGCUCAAUCCUGGUGAAUUGCUACCCCCUCCUGAAAGGACUCAGAGGGGUUUCGAGGAGGGUGCUUUUUAUGACACUUACCCUCAAGCGCCUCAACAAUCCCCUCAAUAUCCUCGUUUCGAGGGUGCUUUUUAUGACCCUUACCCUCAAGGGCCUCAACAAUCCCCUCAAUAUCCUCCUCCUCCGCCUCCUCCUCUUCUUCCUUUUCCUCCUUCUCCUUCUUCUCCUACUCUUCCUUUCCCUCCUUCUCUUCCUCCUACUCUUCCUCCUCCUCCUUCUACUUCUUCUCCUCCUCUUUCUACUUCUCCUCCAGGACUAAUGAUAACUCCAGAUAUUGCCUGGAAUGGUCUAUCCAUUUUGCCUAUCACAAUCCCAGAAACUGUUCUCUCUUCGAUGAACACGUUACCGCCGACAAUUGGCGGAAAUGCUGCUGUCAGUGGUCGAGGAAGCACUAUGGGACCUUUCUUAACUCUACAAAGAUGCUCUUACGAUGGGCGGCUGCCGAUGACAAUGCACUUGUUCUUGAACCAAAAUGACUCAGCGACGAUAGGCAAUUGGCAGUACAUCACAUCAAUACACAACGUUUAUAACCGCCCUGCGAAUACGACGGUGACCUACAAUGUGGGGCUAAGGAGUGCCAUGGCGAAUGCUGGGCUUGAUGGCAGAAGGAGUUUCACCAUUCUGUUUGUCCAAGGAACGUUUCCCCGGCCCGUGACUUUCUCUGCCGGGAUGCAGCAAAUGUCCGCGAGGAGACGUGACGGAGGGUGUGCGCCGUGCGUGGUGAAGCAGAAGGCGGUCUUGCCAGCUAUGGCUUCCCGGCCUGCGAGAGGGGGAGAUGGACGAGAAGUAGAAAGACGAGGAGAAGGAUUAGGAGGAGGAGGAGGAGGGAGAGUAGGAGGAAGAGAAGCAGUAGGAGGAAGAGAAGUUGUAGGAGGACCAGAGAUCCGUUUGAGGGCUGUUGUGAUGGAUCAUAGUCCGCGAGGAGACGUGAGGGAGGGUGUGCGCCGUGCGUGGUGCAGCAGAAGGCGGUCUUGCCAGCUAUGGCUUCCCGGCCUGCGAGAGGAGGACGUGGACGAGAAGUAGAAAGACGAGGAGGAGGAGGGAGAGUCGGAGGAAGAGAAGUAGUACUAGGACGAAGAGUAGGAGGGUGGAUCCUGGUGUUUACCGAAGUACUACGUGAAACUUGUGAAAAUCAAUCCUUUCAGUGCUUUCACAAUGAUCAUGAGAAAUUAAUAUGCGAAAGCAGAAAGCAAAGCAGUCAAUGCUUGCUCCCUUUCCACCACCGGCAUAGAGGUUUUGUACGAGGACCUUUCAAAAAAAAAAAAAAAAAAAAAAAAAUCCGCUAAGUUACGAGGUUUAUAAACUUUAUAUCAUCCAUGACAUUGUGGUGGACACAACGAUGCUGGAUUCCGAGUCCGAGAUGCA